AUGGUAGAGAUCUCCCAGCUGGAUGCUCUCAAUCUCCAUGGCAUCUAUGAUGUUGCUGGAGACGGGGUUAUUUUAUCAAUUAAUUCGAGCGUGAGAUCGCAAGAUAUUAAACCUCCAAAAUGCCCGUGUGGAGCGUCCUUGCAAGGUACUCGCCGUUACCGACUUCACUCGAAAUUGGUCGAUUUCAAGCACACUUGUGACCUUCUUCUGUCGAAAACGGGUCACAAAUUAGCUGCAUUUGCGACCGCGAUCGAGGUUCAGGGAAAACAAUUGGACCAGACGUUCGAAGCUUGUAUUGCGGAGAUCCGGCCGAAUCCCUUGGCAGCAAAGGCCAAUGCUACUCUCCUUCUUCGUCGAAAUCAAGAGAUACUCGACCUGCAGAAGUACAUUAUCAAUUUCAGGACUGAGGUUGUGGAUCGGUUCCAAGGCAGCAUCGCGGUAUUGCAUCGAGCGCUUCCGAACGUUAUCCCCUCGUACAACCUGAGUUUCCAUCUUCAUCUUGAUGUCUUAGAGUAUCGCGUGGUCCUUGCACGUCUCGCUGACGCCCUGAAGCUUUCAAAUCAGCUUCUUUCUCUGAAAGAUCCCUCAUUUGGGGUGCAACGUCUGGGCCUCAAGAUGAUUCAAUUCGUCUGCAAGGAAUCAGUUUCGUGCACAAAAUAUUGUCAGAGUGCACUGGACACUACCUUGAUAGGUACCAACCCGUCCAUUGAAGCUGAGAUCAGGUUGCAACAGCUCCAGUUCAUGCUCUUUGCAAAGUCGACUAGAGCUCGGCUCUCUGAACUUGGACAUCCUGUCGAAGACGCUAUUGUGAUUGUCAGUGAGGAAACGGUUAAGACUAGCUUGGACGCAGUAAGCGAAAUCGGCCGCAGAUCACCUGGAACAUGCGGCUCCUUGAUGGAAACUGCACGGAAAAUUGCGGUAGCCUUCGGGCUUCAUGAUGGUUGGAAGGCAUCGCCGAUCCUGAAGAUCAAGAAUGAUUAUGCAAGACAGAUUGAAAACUUGUGGGGUCGUCACGAGCUUGGAUUCCUGACCAUCUGCACUCGUCUCCAUCCCUAUUCGGCAAAGACUUUCUCCGACGGUUGUCCGAACUGUGAGAAGCAGGCUCAAUUAUCAGCUGAUGAGAUCUUCCGCGAAUCUGGGAAGCACUUGUUUGAGAAGAAGUUCUUGCAAAUGAUGCAUGCCAGGUCCACUCAGUCUGCCGAGUCAGAAUCCUCCGAGCGGGAGAGCCCAAAAUCAGCUGAACGGUCAACUAAGCAGCCCGUCUCGGAUGACAAGGCCGUCAGUUCACCUGGCAUGGAAAUGACGCAGGAAGCAAAAUUUCUGGCAGCAAUAAGGAAAAAACUACCCAAAAUACAUGCUGGAGGGCCUUGUGCCACUCUCAAAAUUCAGAGUGAGCAAACUGUUGACGAAGAAUUGGCUAGUGAGGUGGACAUCGAAGCAGCGAGGGAGAUCAAGCUGGGGGUGAUGUUGGACAGGCAAUCAAUAUCAGUUGAACCUGAAAAAGAGCUCACGAUGGAAGAGAAGUUUCUUGUGGCAAUGAGAAAGAUUGGCAAACACUGA